GUACAAUCAUGUCUAGAAAUACUAGAUUAAGCUCUGGUUAUUGAGAUUACCUACAUUUUUCACUUCACGUGAUUAAAGUGUUUUCCUGACUUGUGUAAUGUUUGUGGGGACGAGUGAGACCAGCGGAGAGGCUUCAGUAUACUUCACCUAAAAGCCACAAAAGUAGUACUAAUUGGUGGGGAAGGACGAAAAUCUAUAAUGACCUUCCAUCUUGACCCCAAUUUUCUCAAACUGAGUACUGAACCACCCUGCUAUGCUACUACUAUUCUGACGAGUCUCCAGUCCACGGCGAUACCUUCAAACUCCACAUUCCAAUAGGUUGUUUCAAAAUUUUCUUUUUUCUUGGUAAUUUUACUGGAAGAUUUUCCGUGUCCUAAAUAAUCUGGAUGUUACUCCAAACCGGUUGAUGGACACAAAAAGAAUUAUUAGAUCCCUCCAGGGUUUUUUUUUUUGAUGUGAACCAAUUGCUUAUGGACCCUUUAUCUCAUGUAACAACCACACCCUUGUUUCAUAAGUGGAGAAUUUUCUUUUUACAAAAUCUGUUCUUGUUUGAACUCAUCCUGAUAUGCUAUUGUGUAAGAUGUUUUCUUUCUGGGUAUGCUGUUUUUUGUAGGCAGCUUAGAGUGUGUUACCAUUGGCAUUUGGUUAUGAAACUAGUCUGAUUAGUAUGAACUUUAUGUUUUGGUCUUAGUGCCUUGUUUCUCUGAUGUUGCCCUCUAAAGUUACUAUGUUGUUGGCUAAGCCUAUGUCCAUCAACCAAACAAAGCAAAUCCAUGCUGCAAUACUUGUUAACGGUCUUUAUGAUCUUGAGUCCUCACUAGUUGGCCAGAUAAUCAAUUCUACAAGCUCUCACUCUUAUAAGACCUCACGCUAUAUUAAACUAAUCCUCAAUCAUGUCCAAAAUUUACAUGUCUUCUCAGUGGCUUCCACCAUUCGCUUCUUUUCUAGGCAUUCUCAGUUCAGGGAGGCUAUCGAUUUAUAUGGACAACUGCAGAGAUGUGGACUUAGUCCCACCACUUUUGCUAUAUCAUCUACUUUAAAGGCUUGUGCAAGGAUUUUGUACAGGUCUGGUGGGAUAUCCAUUCAUGCACAAGUUUACAAGUAUGGUUUCUGUAAUGUUGUCUAUGUGCAGACUGCUCUAGUAGAUUUUUAUUCAAAAGUAGGUAAUAUGGGUUUCGCCCAAAACAUCUUUAAUGAGAUGGUUGGGAAAAAUAUAGUAUCCUGGAAUUCAAUACUAGGUGGAUAUGUAAAAUCUGGUGACUUAACAAUGGCACAAAGUGUUUUUGAUGAGAUGCCAGAGAAAGAUGUUAUUUCGUGGAACUCCAUAGUUUCUGGGUAUGCGAGGGUGGGGAAUAUGGAACGGGCAUAUGAAUUGUUUAGGCAGAUGCCAGAGAGAAGUCCUGCCUCCUGGAAUGCGAUGAUCAGCGGAUAUAUAAACUGUGGGAAGAUAGAGUUAGCAUGCAGUUUCUAUGAGGCAAUGGACCAAAAGAAUAAUGUUUCAUAUAUCAUAUUGGUUUCUGGAUACUCAAAGUGUGGAGAUGUUGAAUCUGCUGAGGAACUCUUUGGACAAUUACAUAAGAAAGAUCAACUCGUAUAUAAUGCGAUGAUAGCUUGUUACGCUCAAAACAGCCGGGGUAAAGAGGCUCUGCAGCUAUUCAAUGAAAUGCUUCAAUUAGAUCUGCAACCUGAUGAGAUGACCUUGGCAAGUGCUAUUUCUGCUUGUUCUCAGCUGGGAGAUCUAAAGUUUGGUUCUUGGAUUGAGUCAUUCAUUCAUGAAACUGGAAUUCAAAUGGAUGACUACUUGGCUACCGGUUUGAUAGACCUUUAUGCAAAAUGUGGAAGUAUUGAUAAAGCUUACAAGCUGUUCUACGGCUUGAAAAAGAAAGAUUUGGUAGCAUAUACUGCCAUGAUACUGGGAUGUGGAAUAAAUGGUAGGGCUAAUGAUGCCAUCAAGUUGUUUGAUGAGAUGAUGAAUGCUGAAAUUAACCCAAACGUAGUCACAAUCACAGGGAUAUUGACUGCCUACAGUCAUAUUGGAAUGGUAGAAGAAGCAUACCGUUGCUUUAUUUCCUUACACAAGUAUGGUCUUUCUCCCUCAGUUGACCAUUACGCUAUUGUAGUUGGCCUUUUAAGUAGGGCAGGGCGGUUAGAAGAAGCACAUGGGUUGAUUAAAAGCAUGUCAAUACAGCCUCAUGCUGGUGUAUGGGGAGCAUUGCUUCUUGGUUGCAGUUUGCAUAACAAUUUAGAGCUUGGAGAUAUUGCAGCCAGGCAUUGUAUUGAGUUGGAACCGGACAGUUCUGGCUAUCUUUCCCUUCUUGCAAAUAUUUAUGCUUCUUCAGGAAGGUGGGAUGAUGCUGAGAGGUUGAGAAAAGGUGUUGAAGAAAAGGGAUACAAUAAAUUGCCUGGUGGCAGUUGGAUGGAAGAAGUAAAUGCUUAGGGGAUCUUCUUUGCAAUGAUGUGAUUCCAACUGUAUUACUUUAUUGUUCCGAGCUCUGUCAAUGUCAUCCCAGCCUCAGAACUUUGGCCUUUCCUGAUUGGCUGUUGAUGACUGGUUACAAUGACUUCCCUUCGGUAUUUGCUUCAAUGGGAAAUUACUUGCUGGAGAUGACCGUUAAUUGGAGGUGGCUGAAAUUCCAGUUCUUAUUGGGAAGUUUGUAUUAUAUAGUAGCUGGAAUAGCUUUCAGUGCUAUGCCUCAUACCCCUGAAAAGAGCAGAAGGUAGGAGUCUUGACUUCAAGAUUUGGAGACACCUAACUCUUUUUAACUGGUGAAUCAUUGUUGAGAGAAAAUGGCCUCACUGAAAUCUUCAAGGAGAAGUGUCUCUGUAGGUUCCAUACUUAUUAAGUUAUUAUGAAAGAAGUGCCUCAUGGACAAAAACGAACCAAAUUGGUUAAGAAGACCAGGCUAAAGAUGCAUUAAGAAAAUUCAUCCCUUUCUAGAGAAGGAAGUGUGUCAAAACUGGCUGUGUAACCUGAAUGUACAUGAUAUUAGCCAACAGAUUUACUGAGAUCCUGGAUCAGAAAAGGAAAUAGGAAGAGGAGUUAAUGUGGUGGAAUCUAUACCUGCUUGUAUAUGGUGGACUGACAGGACCAAGUGAAACAGGAGAUGCUUCGAAGAUACCGCUAACUCUAUUUACAUGAUAAAUGCUAAUUGUAUUUUUUCUUUUGAAGAUUUGACUAAAUUAGCAGGCCGAAAUGGUCCAUUUAAAAUCAUAGCCCCAUUCCUUUUCUUAUUACUAUAUUUGCACAUUUUAAAAGAAUAUGGCUACUAACCCUCUAACCCUAUACCCAUGCUUCGCCUCUCCCUAUUUCCUAUCUCUCCGCAUCUCUCUCCCUCUCUCCCUGCCACAACACUACCAUUAAACCCCAAUAACACCACCAAUGAGACACUGUCUGCUUCCUCCUUCGGCAAACAACAUUGGGAAGUCCUUGGGUAUGCCAUUGACGUAUUCUUUUUCAUUUUUUACAGAAUUGUUCUUUUUUUUUUUUUUGGGGAUCUGGUUUCUUCCUCCUUUUCUUCAGAAAUGUAUCCCAAAGUAUGGCUUUGGAUGAAGAUGGACUCAAAUAUAAUAAGUGUAACUGAUUAUACACACAUAUAUAGUGAUUUUACAUCAGUUACACACUACAUACACAAUGUAUAGUCUGUCUAUCCUUAGUGUAUCCUGUCUACACUCUCAGUACACAUUGAUUAUACCCUGUAGAAGGAUGAAUGAAGGUAUCUUAUUUAUGUCCAAAAAUCAAUGGUUUUGGGGUUAUUGAAGGUGGCAGUGGGGUGGCUGUUUGGUCAAGUCUGGCCUAGAAGUAUUGGAAAAAAGAUGGAGAUGAAAGGCCCACUGAUUUUUGGAUCUGAAAAAUGGUGAUCUUAUGAAUUUUUCAGAGAAGUGGACACAUGGUUGAAGAAUGAGGGAGAGGAAGAAGAUGCAUGAUGGGGUUAUGCUUGGAGAGAUGGUGGAGUUUUGCUAGAGAAGAAGGUGCCGUGGAGUUGUGCUAUAUGACCUGAUCUGGUGGAGUUAUAAAAUUUACUACUGUUUAGAGUGAACAAGGUCUAGAGCUAGGCAGGUGGAAUCUAUAGUAAUAGGCUGGCUAUUUGUGUAUUUUUCUCUUUUUGUUUUGCUGUUGGCGAAGAAUGGAACAUGUAAAUGAGGCUGAAUCGACUUUUUUUUUCUUUUGAUGACAAGGGAACCCGCAGCCGCUACUCUUCGGGUGCGCACAGGGGUUUACCCCGCUCCUGUGCAAUAGCCCGCAAACCACAUAGGAGAGAUAAGAGGCUGAAUCGAUUUUACAGAUGUUAGAAUCAUUACAAGAUUAGUUGCAAAUACUUUAGGUUUUGGUUCUGCGAUCUUUGUACAGUUUAAAUAGCACGAGCUUUGUACUGGUUUAUAUAGAAAGUUUUCGUACCUUCUCCAAAAAUAAAAAAAAUACAUGAUGUCCAUUACAUAUGCCCAAAAUCAUGAUUAGAACUGUUCACCAAAAAAUCAUGAUUAGGACUGUUAGUUUUGAUAAUUAUAAUACACUGUUCUAUAAUCUGUCAUAGAUUGCGAAGUUCUGGACAUGAAGUGGUGCUAUGAUGAGUUCAGCCUUCUAUGGCGUUAACAGGGCAGCGUAAACAGUAUACUUAAGAGACACAUAACUGUUUGGCAUUUGAUGGAAAACAGUGCUAGGGCUGAUUCCUGAUGAAUGCUGAGUUACAAAAUUUUGUGAAUUUGAAUGCGUGGCAUUGAUGGAGUUCCUGAAUUUAUGACCUCGUUAUACUUGGAGCGACCAAGCUAGAGCAAUAAUACUCCGUGAAGUUAAAAUUCGAUAGUGCAUGGUGGGUGGCUGUCAUGCCGUAGAGUGGUUCUUGAAGAGCCUGUACUUGAAUAACAUAUUAAAAGAGUCAUAGAUGAGCUAUAAAACAUUGUCUUUGUCCUACCAAGCUUCACAUUAGCCGAAGAAGACCCUUUGUGUUUUGUCCAUCACGAUAAAUCUUGUGUCCCACUACAGGGCAAAGAGGUACUUUUUUCGUGGGUGCUUACCAGAUAUAUCUCGGGUCAUGACAUGGAAAUCGUAAAUACUGCACUUCUUUCUUUAAGACUUUCUUUUCCUUUUGGUAGUUUCAACUCAGAGAGCAAUAAUUUUGAGGAUCUUGCAACCGCAACUAAUAACUAGUGAAACUUUUCUUUGGAAUCUGUUGUUGGAGAUUGUCCUUGUUGUAUGUUUAGCAUCAAAAUCUGUUAAUCAAGAUCGUGUAAAAUGGA